AGACCGUAAACCCAGCAUUUGUGAUAUAUUGUCGUGUUUUGUUUAAGUGUAGUUUAUUUUUUUUUUACAUUAAAAAAAAUAGUGACGUAGCUUUAGAUGAGUUUAAACGGGACUGCAGCCAUGGCCGCGGAGGAGAAGACUGUCCAUGCGUCGUCCAGCUUUGGACAGCGCACCUACACGGCAGAGGAGUACCAGGCCGUGCAAAACGCUCUACAGCAGCGGCUGGGACCCGAGUACAUCAGCACCAGACUGGCUGGAGGAGGACAAAAGGUUUGUUACAUUGAAGGACACCGCGUCAUCAGCCUGGCCAACGAGAUGUUUGGAUACAAUGGAUGGUCUCACUCCAUCUCCCAGCAGAACGUUGACUUUGUAGACCUCAUCAAUGGGAAGUUUUAUGUUGGCGUCAGUGCGUUUGUCAAAGUGCAGCUGAAGGACGGCGCGUUUCAUGAAGAUGUGGGCUACGGAGUCAGCGAGGGAAUGAGGUCUAAAGCUCUGGCUCUGGAAAAGGCCAGAAAGGAAGCUGUGACAGAUGGCAUGAAGAGAGCUCUGAAGUGUUUCGGCAACGCUCUUGGAAACUGCAUCCUGGACAAAGAAUACCUCCUAGCGAUUAACAAGAUUCCCAAACAGCCUCGUCCUGAUCUGGACCCGGCGCAGACCAAGCGGUCCGAGGGCCAGCCGUUAAUAGAGAAGGCCCGGUUCUGCAGUCUGGUCGCAGAUCAGAAUCACCUGAGAGCAGCAGGACCCGUCAGGAAUCCACUGGGACCCCACGUCUUCAACCACAGCCACGCAGAGGUUCACCCUUCCAGUGCAGCUGGCCCAACACCCAACACAAAGAGUGAAAACCUCCGCGCCACAUCGACCGCAGACUCCGCGGACGUUCCCGUGUCUGCUCCAAACACCGACCCCAAGCAUCUGAGGAAGCUCCGGCAGCAGCAGCUGCAGCAGAAGUUCAGGAUGGAGAUGGAGGCCAAGAAGCUGCAGCAGGAACUGGGCCAGGCCAAGCCUGAGGAGGCGGAGGUCGCCAUUGGACGAACAUCCACGGGAGGUGAGGACGGCGCAUCAUCUGGAAACAAGCCGAGCGACAGGAUCACACGUUUAACAGAAGAUUCUGAACUCUGGGAUUUCACCUUGGAUGGGAUCGAUGAGCUGGAUGCCCCCGCUGGCGCGGCGUCUCCCCGAGGGACCAGGCCCAGAACGCCGGGGAGCCAUCAGAUGCAGACGCGCAGCAAAACUCCUCAGAGAGCGUCGGACAGCAGAGCGCACCUUCACCACAGACACGUCCAGGAGAGGCCAGGCGAGGCCUUGAGUCCAUACCGACAAGGACAGCAGAUGAAAAAACGCAGGCUGGACACCUGAGACUCUGCUCCUAAAU